AUGCUCGGCCGCGGCGGCUGCGGCAUCGUCUUUAAAGAUCAACUCUUUGGCAACGACGUGGCGGUCAAGACAGUCGUGAACUCGGGUCGCGAGGCUGCCAAAACCCUCCAAGAGGAGAUUGAAAUCCUUGAAAACAAUCCGUCGCCGUACCUUGUGCGGCUGAUUGCGACGGCCGGCGCCAAGUCGGACGCGCCGCAGCUCUUUUUCGAGUACAUGGACGGCGGCAACCUCACGUCGCACCUCGAGAAGCUGGCGAGAGACGAGGAAGCGCUUGCCACCUACACGCCCAUUGAGAUUCUCUGGGUCGUCGCCAACGCUUUGAACGACCUCCAUGUCAAGAACGUCGUCCAUCGCGACAUCAAGACCGACAACAUCCUCCUCUCUUCCAAGUACUACAUCAAAGUGGGCGACGUGGGCAUCGCCAAGGAGGAGUCAACGAACAUGACGACGGGUGCUGGCACGAGCAAGUGGCGAGCGCCCGAAGUCCUCACGUCUGGAAGCCGCUACGGCACGCCCGCCGACAUUUACUCGUUCGGGAUCCUCCUCCAGACGCUGUACCCGAACCCUACCGAUGCGAGUACCGAGUGGGCCCAAGCCCUCGCAGUGAAAUGCACGGCGAUCGAUCCAACGCGCCGUCCGACGGCGGCCGAGCUCGUCGACAUCUUCCUGCCCAAGUUGCAGUCGUACGGCCUCGAAUGUUUUGCAAUGUAUAACUUGUCAUGUGCUCUGUAG